AUGGAAGAGCUCCGAUUGUACGAGGAAGGGGACUGCUUCCAGAGGCUCAAACUCCACGAGGACGAGGGCUACUUUCAGUUCCAGGAUUUCAGUGCUGACUACCAGCUCGGAGAGGAAACUCAUUUCGGUGCCAUUUCUUGUCCGGAGAGCAGCUUCUCUCAAGACGAUCUUGGCUGCCUCUCUGAGGUCGACUUCGCCAGUUUCUGGGCUCUGGUGGAGGAGGAGGACGCGCGCCGCAAGAGCGAGGAAGGUCCAAGAAGUGGACCAGGGAAGAAUGGAUUGACGUUCGAGCUGGUGUCCCGGCAUUUCUCCAUGCCGAUCAAGCAGGCGGCGCGGGAGCUCAACGUGGGGCUCACGGUCUUGAAGAAGCGGUGCAGGGAGCUCGGCAUCCCGCGGUGGCCGCACCGCAAGGUGAAGAGCCUGCAGACGCUCAUCGACAACGUCCAGGAGCACGGGAAGCUGUCUGCCCAAGAGGACGGGCACCUGACAAGGAGCUUGGUGGAAAGCCUGCAGCGGACGAAGAAGCUAAUCGAGGAGAGGCCCGAGGUGAUGCUGGAUGAGGAGACGAAGGGGCUCAGGCAGGCGUGCUUCAAGGAGGCCUUCAAGAGGAGGAGGCUCUUGAGCCAUGGCACAUAUUGGUGA